AACAUCCAAUUCACACUACAAUAAUUGAAUGGUUCUCUUAUCUCCAAGUGUACACUCUACCUCUCUUUUUCCAUAUUUUCUUCCUCUUGCGUUUUGAUUCAUUUUCAAAGAAACUUCCCAAACUUUCAGAAUUAAUCUAAUAUCUUUAUGAAAAAACCAAUCUUUCAACCCAUUUUUUUGUUCAUUCAAAUCAAGCAAAAAGGAGAUAUUGAAUCCCUCUCCAAAAAUCUUCCAACAUGUUCAUUCAUCGACUCCUUUUUCCUUCAAUAUUCAUAGUUUCUUGCCUCACAACGCUUACAAAUGGAGCUGCACUUCCAAAUGACGAAGUGGAAGCUUUGAAAACAAUCGGUAGGACAUUGGGAAAGAUAGAUUGGAACUUUAGUAUUGAUCCAUGCAGUGGAGGGGAUGGUUGGUUGGACCAACCUACACUUUAUUAUGUUAAUAAUGUUACUUGUGAUUGCUCCUUCAACAAUAACACUACGUGUCAUGUCAUUCACAUAGUGCUCAGUGGACAAAACCUCUCAGGUACUCUCCCAUCAAACUUGACUGGUCUGCCUUUCUUGCAAAAAAUUGAACUAAUUCGCAAUUAUCUUAGUGGCAUCAUUCCUUCAGAAUGGGGUUCUGCAACGCAACUCGCCCACAUUUCACUUCUUGGAAAUCGAUUAACUGGUUCAAUACCGAAAGAGCUAGCAAAUCUCAAAAAUCUUAUCAUCUUAAUCCUUGAAAACAAUGGUCUUUCAGGAAUUUUGCCUGCAGCAUUAGGGAAUCUAUCCAAAAUUGAGCGAUUGCAUCUUAGUUCCAACAAUUUUAUUGGAGAAAUACCUGAAACGUUUGCUAGACUAACUUCAUUGAAGGAGUUUCGGAUUUGUGACAACAACUUUACGGGACAAAUUCCUGAGUUCAUAUUCCGAAAUUGGACCAGUCUGGAAAUGAUAUACAUGGAGGCAAGUGGUUUGAGUGGGCCAAUUCCAUCCAUUAAUCCUUCUUUUGAAAACGUAGAAUACCUAGUAAUUAGUGACUUGAAUGGAGCUGAUACAAGUUUUUCACAACUACUCAUAAAUGCCAGUUUACCUAAAUUGAAUAGACUGAUGUUGAGGAGUUGCAAUCUUGUUGGAGAGAUAGCUGCUCCUUUUGAGAGAUUCACAACAUUAAAGAUUUUAGAUCUCAGCUUUAACAGACUCCGUGGAAAAAUUCCAGAAGAGCUUUCUGCUCUUGUUGAUUUGGAUUAUUUGUUCUUAAAUGGAAACAACUUUACUGGAACAAUCCCUUCAUGGAUACUGAAUACAACGGGGAAAGUGUAAGAUUCACAUCUUAAUUAGUGUUGAAUUCGAUUGUUAUAUGCUUAACAACUUUGAUUAACCAAAAUAAAAUUAAUUAGCUUUUAAUAGAUUUGAUGCCGAUAGGGCUUAAGUGUUAAAUGAUGGGAGGUGCUGGAGAGAGUCCUAAAGAUAGUAGAGCAAAGAGACACUCAUAUUCUCUUACACUCAUAAUAUUGUAUUCAUCACUUACAACCUUUAUAUACUUGUUGCACAUGAUUAU